UUAAGAAAAUGAGGGGGAUAUUGGUCCUCUGUCUAACUGUGACGGUAGCCUUGGCGGCUGAAACUGGAAGAUACAAUCCUCUCCAGUUUUUCACAACGACGACGCCAAGAUACUUAACGACAAAGUCUGGCAGUGUUGGGCGGUACAAUCCGGGUCAAUACAACCCUGGGAAGUACGAUCCCGGUCGCUACGACCCAGGCCGCUACGACCCUGGUCGCUAUGAUGCAGGUCGCUACAGUGGCGGACGUUACGACAGUUCUGGACGCUAUAUCCCUGACGGCUCAGGAGCUUACAACGGGGACCGCGGCGACCGCGGCGGCGCUGGAGGUUUCUACUCAGGCUCAAGCAGUGCAGGAGGUGCGGGUGGCUUCUACACCGGGUCGGGCUCCGCAGGUGGCGCGGGAGGUGCGUACACUGGGUCGGGCUCUGCGGGUGGCGCGGGGGGUGCUUACGUAGGGUCUGGCUCCGCUGUGAGUCAAGGCGAUUCGAGCAAGACUUCAUCUGAAGGUGGAGAUGCCAAUGAGAGUGGAUCAGUGUCUACGACACCACAAUAUGUUCCUACAACUACCGAAGAACCGAGACCAACGACUAUUUUCGUUCCGAGCCCUACUCCCUCCGCAUCACCAAGUCCAAGCCCUGUGCCCAUUUUCGUGCCAACAUACAAGCCCACUCAACAACCAUACGUCGUUCCUCCAAACAGAGCUUACGACGAAAACUACUUGAAGAAAUACGAUAUUAUCCGUUUGUACCACGAUUACCUUCCCCCUGGUGGUUACCAUUACCUUCUUGAGACUGAAAACAAAAUCCUCGCCGAGCAAGACGGUAAGGUCGAGCAAAUAAACAACGAGAGCUAUGGACCCAGAGUUAAAGGAUUCUACGAGUACCUUGGCCCCGACGGCGUUACUUAUAGAGUCGACUAUACCGCUGAUGAGUUCGGUUACAAGCCCGUGGGUGUUCAUCUACCUUGAAUGUUCUAGUCACUAAAAUUGUGUAAAUUGUUAAGGAUAUUUAUCGUUGACUUUUUGUUAAUAAACAUCUUGUACCAUCUCAUUUUUUGGUCUUCCUGAUUAAAUAAAAUAUAUGACUA